AUGAGUAAUAUCGCUUCCACAACCACAACAAAUAAUGCUGCGCAAAAAACCGCUUUGGAAAAAAAUGACAAGAGCAAAGCGCCACCACCUGAAAAGGAAAAAUCGAAAUAUCGGUAUUCUUCCGAAAUUCAACAAAUGAUGUUUGUCUUUGGGGAAGUGUCCGAGCCAAAUCCUGAAACUGUUAUGCUUGUAGAAGAUAUCGUGAGGUCACAAGUUAUCGAAAUUAUAAUUCAAGCAGCCGCCCAAGCUGCAAAGCGUGGUUCAAGAUACAUGAGCGCUGAAGAUUUAAUCUUUUUGAUAAGACAUGAUCGUGCAAAAGUUAAUCGAUUACGUACCUAUCUCAGUUGGAAAGACGUCAGAAAGAAUACAAAAGAGUCUGGCGGUCAGGAUGCAGCUGAAGAAAUCCUUGAAGAGCCUAAUGCAGAUAAAUUAGCAAAGGCACGUAAGAUGAAAGUAAAAUUAUCAUGGGAAUUGGUAAACUCUUUCUCUGAAUUCUUGAAUGCAAAUUCCGAUGAAGAAGAUGACGAAGAACUAGAGGCGUAUAAUGACUCUAUACAACGAUUAAAAGACGCUGAUGAAAUUACGCGAGCAAUGACUCGUGAAGAAUAUGUUCACUAUUCGGAAUGUCGUCAAGCCUCAUUUACCUAUCGAAAGGCAAAAAGAUUUCGAGAAUGGGCAAAUAUGUCCGCAUAUAUUGAUAUGAGACCAAACGAUGAUAUUAUUGAUAUUCUUGGAUUCUUGACUUUUGAGAUGGUUAGCGUUUUGACUGAAAAUGCUUUACGUGUAAAGCAAGAUUUAGACACCAAGGAGGAAAACAAAUUAUAUCCAAAGAGCCUUAAACGUUCACGUGUUGUAGCAGAUCCAGAUGAUGAGGAUAGGCCGGAUUCUUUUCUAUUUGCGCAGCCUCCUUCGCCUCAGACUCCUUUGCAACCAGCCCAUAUCCAUGAAGGAUUCCGAAGAUUACAACGUUCUCCACAACCUAUCAAAAAUUUUCGAGAACUUCCUUCAUACACACAUAUUCUAAGCAUCGGGUACUUUGGUUUCGAAAAAGGAAUGGUUUGGACUUAUCCAGAGGUACGUAGAGAUGAGACUUUGGUUGAGGAUUUGCAUGGAGUUCGU